GGCAUCGGCCAUAUUUCUCCUCCGCUCGCACAUUGCGCCGAAUCCUCCCGUCGCGUUGUCGGCGUUGGAUAGCGAACGCGAGCAGUGUAUUACAUAACGUCUUUUUUUGUGCACCAUCGCCGUUACCACAACAACCAGUGGUGUUCCUGCUCGUCGGCAAGGAAUAAUGAGCGAUGAAGAGCGCGACGUCGACAUCGAAAGUGACGCGGACAAGAGGGCACACCACAACGCGCUGGAACGACGACGGAGGGACCACAUCAAGUUCAGUUUCACCAGCCUACGGGACGCCGUGCCCUCUCUACAAGGGGAGAAGGCAUCGCGGGCUCAGAUCCUAAAGAAGGCGGCCGAUUACAUCCAGUCGAUGCGGCGUAAGAACACUGCCCACCUGCAGGACAUCGAGGACCUCAAGCGACAGAACAAGCUCCUCGAGGAACAAAUGUGUGAACGCCGUGGUCUGUCCUGCCUUGCAGUCCGGGCGCUGGAGAAGACCAAGGUGGCCGGUGGGGGUGGCUACUCAACUGGCUCCAUGCUCGACGCAAUGAACAUCAAGGGGGACUCCAUCUCCGCUUUCGACGGUGGCUCCGGCUCCGAGAGCUCUGACGACACGGACAACUCCUCCCGGGGUUCGCGUAAGAAGCUGAAGUCCAGCCCUGGGUCCACACCCCUACACCUCUGAAGUGGUUGCCGCCGGUUGCUUCGAUCGUGGAGCAAGCGACGAAGCUCGCUGAAAAAAGCCUGCCCCGGAUGCAACUGCAUUGAUGUUGAGCCAGAUGCCCUCUCCCUCUGGCCCCUACAUGCCUUAUUUUUUUCUUUUCCUUCGGUCUGUUCCCUCUAGCAGGAGGGGCUGAAUAUUCAGGCGGAUGCAUUGGGGGCUUUUGUAGGGGAGGCGAGGACGUUUUAAAAUGUUAUUUAUAUACGCGCAAUUUUUUCUUCUUCCCACCCUCUUCGAUGUGCCCAUGUUGUGUGGCUUCUUUCAUACUUGUACCUGUUAGCGGGCACAAAUGAUUGCAUACGGAUGGGUGGUACCUGUUAGCGGGCACAAAUGAUUGCAUACGGACAGGCGGCGCGUUCUUCCACGUAUGCCGCAUCCCCUCUUGGCCGUGACUUUUUUCUGAGGAAGUGCUCGGCUGUUGUUGGCUCGCGGUUAUUGUAGCAGAUAUAGGCGUCUGUCCUCACCCAAAUGCGUAGGGGGAUGUGCGAGGAUUUACCUCCUCACCGGCAUCUCUCUUCGGACUUGGUUAUGUAACGGAAGCUUUCGUUGACGACGGCAUUUGUAGCUUGUGGUGUGACGGUUGUGACGGUUUUGCUUGCAGUCUCGCUUGGUGUGUUUUAACAGGUGGAAGGGAAGUAAAGGACAGUGUGGCAUCGGCAGCGCUCGCUCGUCGUUCGAUUGCUGUGUGCUGCUUGGGCAGCGCGCCGUUCUUUCUUGGGAACGAGGUCUGCCGGUAUGUGUCUUACAAGUUCACGAGUAUAGUUUGUUGGUGGAAUGUGUGGCGAAUGAGUCAGGCUUGGCACUUAAGAGGAAGAGUAAUUAUUGACGUUUUAGAUUUUCUGCGUGAAUCGAAUAACACAGCAUCAAGCCGUGGUCAGAACUGUUGUCAUGGAUUAAAAAUGAACUUGUUUCUGGAAUGCGAAGUCUCAUUAUUUUUUCUUUAGUUGUUGAUGAUGAGGCACCGCUAAGUCUCACUUGCUGGGCUUGUUGGUGUUGGUACAGGCUUACUGAAAUACAAAAAUAUGCGUGACCAUGGUUAUGCGUGUUUUUACUUGUUUCUGUUCUGUCUUGGCGUUCUUAGUGUUUAUGCAUACUUUUGCGUUUCAAUUAGGGCUCACUUGCGCAUUUUGGAUCAUAACGUUCAAGAAGGCCGAACGACAGGCGGUAACCAGCUACGAGGGUUGGGAGAAUGCGAGUUUAAGGAUGUUGCGAAUGGAAAGCAAUGCGCAUUAACCGAAAGGGCGUUAUGGCGUCAAGCCGCAGAUAGAAACAUCACGCUGGGGUGCUCUAGGAGUUCGAACGAAAUGCGUAAGGCAGCCAGAGCCUGCUAAAGUUCACAUUCGCAUCCGUCACUUUAUAGUGCCCUUAAAUUUUUUACUGUUGAGUGUGCGCGUGGUCGCGAAUGUUUUUUUUUUUUUGUAUUUUUUGUAAACGGAGGAAGUCUUGUCUCCAAGUUGAUUGUUUCAUUCAUACAAUUCAAAGGCCACACGAUGUCAUAGGUGUCAUGGUUGCUGCAACUGUGCUUUCUGGAUGGUAUAAAAUUGUAAGCCUUGUUUUAGCAAGUAAUCGUAUUGUGUGCCUUUUUUUUCUUUUGUGUGCAUGUUUUGUCUUGUUUAUUUUAGUGUCAACGUAGAUGCACAGUCAUUUUUUUUUAUGUACCUGUGAUCCAAAAGCUUUUGUCAUCGCUUCAUUUAAAAAUGUGGUUUUCGUCAUUUUGGGUAAAUGAAUUCCUUUAUUUUAAUUCUUCAUUUCUGGCCCAGCUUUUUCUGUUUCGAAAUGCAGUCGAACCGCUCUAUAAGAGGCACUAGUGUAAGAGAGAAAUGGGUGCAAGAGGCACCAGUAUGUGUGCCCUGAAUAACGAGUUAAUUAGAAAACUUGUUAGUGGUACUGGAUUACAAAAGAUGGGAAUCGCUCCCCUCUGCAUGUCUCUUGUAAAGGUGUUCAACUGUGUUUUCGAAAGUCUCCCAUCAACUUGUAGUUCCCAUGCUAUCCCCGAAAGCGAUCUCAGAGAAAUAUGGGGAUAAGACUGCAGGGCACAUGCGAGACUGCAUUCAUCAUUGUCUCCACUGGCUUUUAUAUUAAGUGGAGAUUGUCAAAGGUGGUUAAAUGCGAGCCUCUGUAAGAGUUAUAAGACCACUUCUUUACAGCUCCGCCCAGACGUAAUAGUUUCAACAUUCAGUAAUACUGCUGCUUUCCAACCACGCGUAGCCGCGUCUCAGUGUUUUAAAGAAAAACCAGUGCGAGGAUCAGUUGUGUAAGCAAUCGUAUUGUUACGGCUCGGUGAACAAGAAGCCUUCUAGAUUCUCAGCGGAUUCCUUAUCUGUGGUAACUGGUCUACGCAGACUUCCUUCCGUUGUAACACUACACUCGUUACCAUCCGCAGCAAAAUCAGAACCACCUUUUCCAUCUUGUGUAAGAAGUGGUGCAACAGAGUUUAUCAUUCUUAAUUUAUCAUUUUUGGACGCAUAAUUCAUUAGCAAUGAGCCUGGUUUUUGCUCGCCAGUGCGUUGUCCCUGCCUUCCUGCAAGCACAAGUGAAUGGGGCAGGACUGGCAUUAGCCAUACGUUGUGAAUCAUUUAAGCUAUUCAAUCCUUUUUUUUUUUUAAAUUUCAAAAUGUUCUAGAUCAUGCAAUGCACCAAGUGUACCUAAGUAUGCCGUGUCCAUUUCCUCAAGCCAAUAAAGCAUGGUCUGUACA